CUUUCGUUUUGGGGGUUCAGUCCGUGAAGAAAAAAACUAUGCGCCAGAUAGUACUCAAGUCAUUUAAUGCGAAGCACGGUGUUUUGCUUUAUACGUUUAUUGUCCACAUACAAAUGAUAAAAGUUAGAUAUGGGAUGUUGCGAAUGAGAUGCUCUCGGUAAGGAGUUAAUUGGGCCGAUGCGUUUGGAGUGCUUCGCUUAAAGUUGAGGAACACGUCGGGACUGUCGGAUUUGUGCAUCCCUUGAAAACACCACUACAGAGCUGCAGAAGAAACAGUGGCUCUUGAGCACCAGAGCAAAGAGAGCUUGAGAUGUCGAACCAAUCCUGCAGAACAAACGGCUUUGAAAAAAGAAUACCCAUUGGAUUCCCUGGAUUUCCCUAAGAUGUAUCCUUCUACAACAUUUGUGACUUGGAUACUUUUGUAGCGAUUAAAGCGAAGUGCGACAGCCUUAUGUUGAAGUCUAAAAUACCAUUUGCCUUAUCUUCUCUCCUAUCACGAUGGCAAAACUUGGUAACAUUACACAGUACAAUUGGAGAUUGAUUUGGCCAAUUUGGUGUCUGUUUGUACUUUUCGGCUACUUCUCAGUUGCCUCUCCAUCACAUGGUCGCCGAUUGAUUUGUUGGCAGGCGAUCAUGAAGUGUCAAGGAGAGCCGGAAUGCCACUAUGCAUACGAGCAGUAUUUGCACGCAUGUGCACCGGUAAUAAUAGGAGAGAAAAGGAAGUGUCCCAGCCACUGUAUUUCAUCACUUGUUCAGCUCAAUCAAACUAAAAAUGGGCCAUCUCUGGAGGACUGUGACUGCGCUUCGGAUGCGAUCUGCAGAAACACGAAACGGGCAAUCGAGCCUUGCUUGCCUAAGACUAGCAAUAUGGGCUGCACUGAAGCCCGGCGCCAGUGCGAGAGAGACUCGCACUGUAGCGGUGCUAUGCGCGAUUAUUUAUUUUACUGUGGUAAACUUUUCAGUGGGGUAAGGUGUACGGACGCAUGUCGCAAUGUCAUUUACAACAUGCGCAGCAUACCUAAAGCUGAACUCUUGGAUACUUGCGUCUGUGAUGGAACAGAAAGGACCAUAUGCGAGUAUGUUAAAAUAAGCAUGAGAACUCUUUGCUUUGACUCACCUGAUAAAUAUGUUGGCAGCGGAUUUUCUGAUUCGGAGCAAGAUGACGAAGAUGAUUACACUACGGAAUAUCCCCCGUACGAGGAAAACACAGGUAGUUUUAGCAGACCCCUUAAUGUUUUGUCUAUGGGGGCAUCCAUUUUGGUUCUGGUCUCCCAGCUGUAAUCAUUGAGGUUAAUCAUCGACCAGAAGAAUAUUAUUGACUCUUGUAAACUGUCAUCCAGCUGUGCAAUAGCAGAUCAGUGUUUUGACUCCAAAGACUAUGAACUCGCCUUUAUUGUAGUUUCCCAGGGAGCCAGAUGACUUUUUAUAUGGAUUAGCAUAUGUUGUAGACUGUUUGCAUUUCUAUGCAUCCAUACAGCUGUAUACCCGUUGCGGUAAUGAUAAUGGCUGUGUUGAUAAUUAUGGGCAAUAUUUCAAGUCUAGUAAUCAGUAUGUCCCGCAAGACCCAAAUGCAAAGAAGUUAAUUAAGUGACUAUGGCCUUAAAAGAACGAUGCUGCAUGGAAGUACAUGCAUUUGUCUCAUGCUUUAAGAAGCCCUCAAAUGAUGAUUGCCUUAACCUUUGGUUCAAAGCUGAAAAAAAAAACAUAGGAUAUGAUGGGAAAUAACUGCAUACGUGUUUAUUUUAUUUGUGACCUAACAAUGCAAGGUUGGAAAAGCAAGCUGUAUAAUGCCAGUACAUCAUUGUUUGAAACUGCUUUUUAAAGUUUGCCUUCAGGGAAUUCUGAGAUAAGCAUUGCAUUUUUAUAAAGACCAUGUUAGGUUUGAAUUUUUGCAUAAUGGUUGGGUUGUACAUAUCCAACAUGCUAUCUUUUUUCAUAAGAAAAUAUUGUGUUCAUAUCUUAGUAAUUAUAAUUAUUUCUUAGUAAUUAUAAUUGAUGAUCAUUCCGGAAUGAAAAGCAAACAUUCAUAUUUUAAAGGGAGUUAUUUUUUGUGAUAAAUGUCAACGAUUGAACUGCAGAAUAUUAAAAAUAGUCUUCCAGAGAUAAGCUUGUGAUUGCGCAGUUAAAAAAAAAAAAAAAAAAAAAAAAGAGAACAUUCACUGUCUAGAAAUGUCUAAAUCCACUGUAUGACUGCAUGGUGUAUGUGUAAUGAAGGCAUAAAACAGAGUUUUAGCAGUGCAUACUUGACUUAUUUUUAUGUUUAAUUCCAUGUCAAUAAUCUCUCAAUAUAAAUGUUUCUUAUUAAAUUGCUUAAAUAUUUUGUCUAUUCAACUGCAAAAAAAAAACAAAAAACGUUUUUGUGCCAAACUCCACUGUACAAGGCCUGCUGGAUGCAUAAAAACUAGAGACGUCUAAUGCACUUGACAUGUUUACAUACCAAUAUUUGCUGAACGAAUAAACCUUUAUGAACCUUGGGUGUAAAUGAAAAUGGGGAACAAUCAUUUUCUUUAGUAUUUCAGACUUAAAUCAUGAAUAUGAUUAAGCCAAAAAUUGCUGUCAAAUGAACUAGGUAAUUAAGGCACCCAAAAGAAGCCUUGUUGCAGUGAUGUACAUGUGAACCAUGCUGUCUGCAAAAGAGUUGUGUGUAAAUGCACUGAUGUACAUGUAAUGAGUACUAAACAGUUAUGAGUAAAUUAUGGCAAUUUUUCUUGA